GUUGCCACUAUGCUCACGAAGAUGAGUCGUGUUGAUUCCAUAAGUCAUCAUGGCGCUCACUUCUUCAGGCAAAGAGCACCCAUAUUGCCAUCUCAUUGACGCACUGCCUGACGGAAGCCCCAAGUUCUUCAAUCCACACAAAUUAAACGAUCCAAGAUAUGUCAAGCUGCCUCUGUCCAUCCGCAUCUUGCUGGAGGCUGCCAUCCGAAGUUGCGAUGGAUUAUACAUCAAAGAGGAAGACGUGGAGAACAUCUUGGACUGGGAACAGCAGCAAGCUAAUGCCGAGGUGCCCUUCUCACCAGCGCGGGUCCUCCUGCAAGACUUCACUGGUAUCCCCGCCAUGGUGGACCUUGCUGCCAUGAGGGAUGCCAUGAUCAAACAUGGGGUGGAUCCCAGCCUGGUCAACCCCAAAUGCCCCACAGACCUCAUCGUGGACCACUGUCUGCAGAAAGACUUCAGCAAAUGUGCCAUACAGAACGCUCCCAACCCCGGUGGAGGGGAAGGUCCUUCCCGGCCGCCCCCUUCAUCCAAGCCUCUUCCCAGAGGAGCUUCACACUGUGGUGGCAGGCAAGGCUCCUGUAGCAAAGCUGCCUGCAGCGAACCCCCAUCGUCUGCGGCGGGGCCAGCUCACACCUCGGUCCAGCAGAUUGAGAACACGCCUCUCCUUUGCCCCUUCCACCUGAAACCAGUUUCUGAAGCCGAAACAGCUGUGAAGAAUCAGGAAAUGGAGCUGAUAAGAAAUAAAGAAAGACUUCAGUUCUUUAAGUGGUGCUCUAAAGCCUUCAAGAAUGUCAACGUUGUUCCUCCCGACGUCGGCGCCGUCCAUCAAGUCAAUUUGGAAUAUCUGUCAAAAGUGGUCCAGGUCCGUGGAGGUUUCAUCUACCCCGACAGCGUGGUGGGCACAGACUCCCACACCACCAUGAUCAACGGCUUGGGCAUCCUCGGCUGGGGUGUGGGUGGAAUCGAAUCUGAAGCGGUGAUGUUGGGCCAGCCGGUGUCUCUGACCCUUCCCCGGGUAGUGGGCUGCAAACUGGUGGGCUCCAUCAACCCUCUGACCACCUCCAUAGACGUGGUGCUGGGCAUCACCAAGCACUUGCGUCAAGCCGGCAUCGCUGGGAAAUUUGUGGAGUUUUUCGGUCCCGGUGUGUCGCAACUCUCGGCCCCGGACCGAACCACCAUCGCCAACAUGUGCCCUGAGUACAACGCCACCGUGAGCUUCUUCCCAAUCGACAGGGUCACCAUGCAGCACUUUAAAAAGACGCACUUUUCCCAGGAAAAACUCAAGUUAGUGGAGUCCUAUCUGAAGUCUGUAAAGCUCUUCAGAACCUACGAGAACUCUGUAGAAGACCCCCAGUAUUCUGAGGUGAUUGAAAUCAACCUGAGCUCCGUGGUGCCAUACGUCAGCGGGCCCAAGAGGCCGCAGGACCGCGUGGCUGUCUGCAGCAUGAAGGAAGGAUUUCAGAGUUGCCUGGAUGAAAAGGUGGGGCCCAAAGCCUUCAAUAUCUCCAAGGACAAGCAGCACAUACAGGUUCCCUUUCUGCACGGGGGCCAGGAGUACCAGCUGGUCCAUGGCUCGGUGGUCAUCGCCGCUGUGAUCAGCUGCACCAACAACUGCAAUCCCUCUGUAAUGCUGACAGCAGGUCUGCUGGCCAAGAAGGCUGUGGAGGCGGGUCUUAUGGUUAAGCCGUACAUUCGCACCAGCCUGGCGCCAGGAAGUGGCAUGGUCACGCACUACCUCAACGCCAGCGGGGUCCUGCCGUACUUCAACCAGCUGGGCUUUGAGGUGAUCGGCUACGGUUGUGCCACCUGUGUAGGGAACAUCGCGCCGUUACCAGAACCGGUAGUGGACGCCAUCAAACAGGGGAACUUGGUGGCCUGCGGCAUCCUAUCUGGCAACAGACACUUUGAGGGCCGCUUGUGCGACUGCGUACGAGCCAACUACCUGGCAUCUCCACCCCUAGUGGUGGCGUAUGCUAUUGCGGGCACUGUGAGCAUCGACUUUGAGAAAGAGCCUCUAGGCGUGACGUCAGAUGGGAAGGAGCUGUACCUUCGUGACAUCUGGCCGUCCAGGGAGGAGGUCAGAGAGACGGAAGAGGACACAGUCAUUUCCACCAUGUUUAAGGAGCUCAGGGCAAGGAUGGAGAAAGAAAACACAUUUUGGAAUAACAUUGAAUGUCCUGAGUCGGUCGUCUUUCCCUGGGACGCUAAAUCCACAUACAUCCGGUCGCCAUCUUUCUUCAGCAAACUAAGCAAAGAAGUCCCGCCCCCUCAGUCCAUUGACAAUGCUCACGUCCUACUCUUCCUCGGCGACAAAGUGACCACGGACCACAUCUCGCCGGCAGGCAGCAUCGCAAGGGUCAGCGCCGCUGCCAAGUACCUGCUCAGCAAACGCCUGACUCCUCGGGAGUUCAACUCGUAUGGCGCUCGGCGAGGGAACGACGCCGUGAUGACCAGGGGGACGUUCGCCAGCAUCAAGCUCCAAAACAGACUGGUUGGCAAAGCAGGUCCCAAGACGCUCCACAUUCCUUCAGGCCAGACACUGGACGUCUUCGAGGCCGCCGAGCGCUACCAGAGAGACGGCGUUCCCCUCAUCAUCCUCGCAGGCAAAGACUACGGCUCUGGAAGCUCCAGGGACUGGGUGGCUAAAGGACCUUACUUCCUGGGGGUCCGUGCGGUUAUUGCAGAGAGCUUCGAGAAGCUCCACAAGAACCAGCUGGUUGGAAUGGGCAUCAUGCCGCUGCAGUUCGCACCCGAGCACAAUGCCGACACGCUAGAGCUGAGUGGCAAGGAGAGGUUCAGCAUCAGCCUGCCCGAGCGUAUUUGUCCCGGGCAGCGGCUCGUCGUCAAGACCGGUCAAGGAAAGUCAUUUGAGGUCACUGCACAGUUUGACAGCGACUUGGAAAUCAUUAUUUUCCAACACGGAGGCCUCCUGAAAUAUGUUGCACGGACAAUGCUGUGAACUCACAUGACUCUUGACACCCACAAUCCCCCGUUUUUCGUCGUUUAACUGGGACAUCUUCAUGGGGGACCAGGAGACUCUACCUUUGGUCUUUGUUUCACCCCCUUACAGGCAAGGUGUCAAGUCCUGCCAAGAAAAAGCUAAGAUGGUGCUUAGGUACGUUUGUCCAUAUUUGUGUAUGUAAACAAGUGAUUAUCUGGCUGUUAUGCAAAAGUGUCUUAUUCCCAGCUGAGCGUCCUGCGUUAGUCAACACAAGAGUCUUCAUGCACUUAAGACAUUUGUACAAAAUGCAACAUUAUGAACUACGUGGCAGACUGGCACUGAGGUCAAAGGUUGCUUUUUUUGGAGGAAUUGGAAAUAAAAUGAACACUGCUGCUGAUUGGCCUUGUUGUUAUCAACAUAAAAAAACAUGUUAGCAACAGUUUAAAUGAUAUUAAUGUUAUCGUUGGCAGCACCUGUGUAAUCCCACCCACCUUUACUAUCACCUGAAGAGAGGAUGUGAAAUAAAUACGCAGGAGAUUCAAGUAUCCCAAGUGUAAACAGUGCAACAUUUAUUGAUUUGAUUUUGCAUGACAGUGCACAUUGGUGACAUUUCUUCGUACGCAGUUCCAUCCUGACAGAGCGGAUUCCAUUCAGUAACACGGCCAGAAAACAUUGGCAGGAAUUUAACAUCUCCAGUGAAAAGAACUGUGAGUGACUUUUUUUUUUUUCUUAGUGUGAAUGUGACAUUAAAGUUGCAAUCAAGAGAUUCAACCAUAAUCAGAAACACUUUCAUUUCAUGACCAACCAGAUUUCUUUCUUUACUCUCGUUCAUGUUUAGUGUAUUUUAGAGCAGGAUUUUCGAGCUUCUCUCAAGUAUGUCACACUAAACGUGUACAGACUUGCUAACCUUUUUUUUUUUCAAUGCUUGUUUGACACUGAUGCUUGUUUUAGUCAUCCACAAGUACGAAGGAAUAUUUGGGGCAUGGAGUUUUAAGUUGUAGCUUUGGGCAAAAUGAGUUGAAUUUUACAAGACAAAUUCAUGUUUUGUUAAGUCGUAAUUUUACAUCAUAAAACUAAAUGUGGAAUAAAGAUUGCAAAUGUAAG